CCCAAAUCCUUCACAUGCUUUAACAGCGUCAGCGUUAUUGCUAUCAAAGCCAAACGCGGCCAUAGAAAGCAAAUUGGAAACUAAGAGAGUAAAGCAGAAGAAGAAAAUGGGCGUUGAAGGGCAUCUUUUGAAGCGAAUUCCUCGCAUUAAAUUCCCCGAAAGGCACCCGAAAUCUUCAGCUUCAGGAUCUUCUUCCCAAUCUCAACAGCGCCCUUCAACAGAAAACCUUGGUUACUAUGCACUUUCGGGUUCCAACGUCCCAGCGCCGCUCCAAGACACGGCCGUGGGAGGAAAAGCGUCUCUCCUGCCAAAGCGUACGCCUGUCUCCGACAGAGAGAUAGAGGCUAUAUUGUUAGGUGGAACCUUUUGAUCUUCUCCAUCCGACGUCGAGGAAAGCUUAGCGUGACGAUUCGAUGUUAAUCAAUAAUAUUUCUGUAAACAUUUGUUGCAAACUUUUGCAUUUGCCUAGAAUGUUAUCAGAAUCAUUCUGAUUUUGAUUCUCUUCUUUGUAUGGAACUGUUAAAGCUCCACGCCCACUGGUCGAGGGGAGGAAGAAAACACAUGCCUGUUGCUCGAAACUCCGAGCAUAGGUCUUCUCUUAUGCUUUCUUUAUUAUCUUCUCAUCAAACUGUAUAGAAGAUUUCAGACGUAUCAAUUUUCUAAACAGAUAUCUAAAUCAAAC